CAGCUCCCCUGCUACCCAGGAAAAGACGCUGAUCCGGACGUUGGGUCUUUUCUCCGGUCCUGUUUGAAUGUGUCGGACCCCCCUCCCCUCCCCGCAGUCCCACCCACCGCUCUCCAACACAAACACACCACCAGUCCUCAUUUACUGGAUCUGCUCUUUGCUAUCAGAGCCUCCUCUGCUUUUAUUUCAGGAGAAAGAAAGGAGGGGUGUUUGUUUCUUCCCUUAAACGGAUUGAUUUCUGACUUGAUUCUGGAUCUGGUUUGUUGUCCUUCCACCGGGGCUGCCGCUGCUGGACCAGAGCUGAUGCCCCCGCGAAUGUAAUUAAAUGUCAAAGAAACUGGUUUAAACCGCGGAACAAAGGGACGUUGAAGAUAUUUCCACCACCCGGUGUGUCAGUCAUUUUUCCACCACUGCAGUUGUCAAGUUGGAGCCUUGCUGAGAAAUGGACAAGCCCCUCUAAACUGAAGACGCUGCUCUGCACUCACAAACACAGGACUUGAUUUUUGGACGAGGAUCUCCCUCCCCACACAUUCCCCGAGUGGAGCAACAAGCCAGCAGAACAUGUUCACUCCCUUGUUUCACAAGAGGAGCAUGCACGUCCGGGUCAGGAGUUAACCUCUGAGCUCAUCUCCUCCACCUGCCUCCUUUAAGAACUACACUACCCGCAAUUUCUGUGAACUGACUACUCGGUCUGACAUUUAGAUCAGUUUAACAAAGAGACACUCAGAGGAACAAAAACUACAAUAACAACACUGCUGUGAAGAGGACCAACAUGGCCAACAACACGGCAGACCACCCUCCGGGGAAUUCGGUUGCAGAGGGCAACCAUGACGGGGACUUUGGGGUGACCGUGGCAGAACUGAGAAACCUGAUGGAACUGCGGAGCUCUGAGGCCGUCAACAACAUACAGGACACGUAUGGAGACGUGCAGGGCCUGUGCCGCCGGCUGAAAACAUCACCUAUAGAAGGUCUGUCUGGUAACCCCGUUGAUUUGGAGAAACGUCACGCGUUGUAUGGCCAGAACUUCAUCCCCCCCAAGAAGGCUAAGACGUUCCUGCAGCUGGUGUGGGAGGCUCUGCAGGACGUCACGCUUAUAAUCCUGGAAAUCGCUGCCAUCAUCUCUCUGGGCCUGUCCUUCUACCAUCCACCAGGGGGUGACAGUGAAGCAUGUGGCCAGGUUGCAGGCGGUGUCGAGGACGAGGGUGAGUCCCAGGCUGGGUGGAUCGAGGGUGCCGCUAUCCUGUUCUCGGUCAUCAUUGUGGUCCUGGUGACGGCCUUCAAUGAUUGGUCUAAGGAGAAGCAGUUCCGCGGGCUGCAAAGUCGCAUCGAGCAGGAACAAAAGUUCACUGUCAUCCGUAAAGGCCAGGUCAUCCAGAUCCCUGUGGCUGAGAUUGUGGUGGGAGACAUUGCUCAGAUCAAAUACGGAGACCUGCUGCCUGCUGAUGGGAUCCUGAUCCAAGGCAACGACCUGAAGAUCGAUGAGAGCUCUUUGACAGGAGAGUCCGAUCAGGUUCGCAAGUCUCUGGAGAAGGACCCCAUGCUGCUGUCCGGGACCCAUGUAAUGGAAGGAUCAGGUCGGAUGGUGGUGUCAGCCGUCGGCCUCAACUCUCAGACCGGCAUCAUCUUUACUCUUCUGGGCGCCAGCGAGAACGAAGAAGAGAAGAAGGUCAAGAAAAGUAAAAAACAAGGACCCCCCGAAAAUCGCAACAAAGCCAAAACCCAGGACGGCAUUGCCCUGGAGAUUCAGCCGCUGAAGAGCGAUGAGGCUGCCGAGUCAGAGGAGAAAGAAGAGGUCAAACCAGUGAAGAAGGUCAACGUGACUAAGAAGGAGAAGUCUGUGCUGCAGGGCAAACUGACCAGACUGGCUGUACAGAUUGGCAAGGCUGGUCUGAUCAUGUCGGCUGUGACCGUCAUCAUCCUCAUCCUCUACUUUGUGAUCGACAAUUUCGCGGUCCAGGGUCGGUCCUGGCUGGCAGAAUGCACCCCCAUCUACAUUCAGUACUUUGUCAAGUUCUUCAUCAUUGGUGUGACAGUGCUGGUGGUGGCUGUUCCUGAGGGGCUGCCGCUUGCCGUCACCAUCUCUCUGGCCUACUCCGUCAAGAAAAUGAUGAAGGACAACAACCUGGUGCGUCACCUGGACGCCUGUGAGACCAUGGGCAACGCCACAGCCAUCUGCUCGGACAAGACUGGCACGCUUACGAUGAACCGCAUGAAGGUGGUGCAGGCGUACAUUGGUGACAAGCACUACAAAACCAUCCCUGAACCCGACGCCAUUAAACCAGAGACUCUGGAAAUGAUGGUCAACAGUAUCUCCAUCAACUCGGCGUACACCACCAAGAUCCUGCCUCCAGAGAAAGAAGGUGGCCUGCCCCGCCACGUGGGCAACAAGACUGAGUGUGCUCUGCUGGGCCUGGUGCUGGACCUGAAGAGGGACUACCAGCCAAUCAGAGAGGAGGUCCCCGAAGAGAAACUGUACAAGGUUUACACCUUUAACUCAUCCCGCAAGUCCAUGAGCACGGUGCUGAAGAACCCUGAUGGAGGCUUCCGCAUGUACAGCAAAGGAGCGUCAGAGAUCGUCCUGAGAAAAUGCUCUCGUAUCUUGGACGCCCAGGGUCAGCCUCGGAUCUUCAAGCCAAAGGACCGUGACGAAAUGGUGCGUAAGGUGAUUGAGCCAAUGGCGUGUGACGGGCUGAGGACCAUCUGCGUGGCUUACAGGGACUUUCCCGCCGAGGCUGGAGAGCCGGAAUGGGACAAUGAGAAUGACAUCCUGAACGAGCUCACCUGCAUUGUUGUGGUCGGCAUCGAGGACCCCGUCAGACCUGAGGUACCUGAAGCUAUUGCUAAGUGCCAGCGUGCAGGCAUCACUGUACGCAUGGUCACUGGAGACAACAUCAACACGGCCCGCGCCAUCGCAACCAAGUGUGGCAUCCUUCUGCCUGGGGAGGACUUCCUGUGUCUGGAGGGCAAGGAGUUCAACCAGCAGAUCAGAAAUGACAACGGAGAGGUUGAGCAAGAGCGUCUGGACAAAGUUUGGCCUAAACUGCGCGUUCUGGCUCGUUCUUCGCCGACAGACAAACACACUCUGGUCAAAGGCAUCAUUGACAGCACGGUGGGUGAAACUCGACAGGUGGUGGCAGUGACAGGAGAUGGUACCAACGACGGCCCAGCCCUCAAGAAAGCUGAUGUUGGCUUUGCCAUGGGAAUCGCCGGCACAGACGUGGCAAAGGAAGCGUCUGACAUCAUACUGACUGACGACAACUUCACCAGCAUCGUCAAGGCCGUCAUGUGGGGAAGGAACGUCUACGACAGCAUCUCCAAGUUCCUGCAGUUCCAGCUGACCGUCAACGUGGUGGCUGUGAUCGUGGCGUUCACCGGCGCUUGCAUCACACAGGACUCUCCUCUGAAGGCUGUCCAGAUGCUCUGGGUCAACCUAAUCAUGGACACUCUGGCGUCUCUCGCUCUGGCCACCGAGCCACCCACCGAGUCUCUGCUGUUACGUAGACCGUACGGCCGCAACAAGCCCCUCAUCUCCAGGACCAUGAUGAAGAACAUCCUGGGACACGCCGUGUACCAGCUCGUCAUCAUCUUCACGCUGCUGUUCACUGGUGAGACGAUUUUCGACAUUGACAACGGCCGUAACGCUCCCCUGCACUCACCGCCGUCGGAGCACUACACCAUCGUGUUCAACGUGUUUGUCAUGAUGCAGCUUUUCAAUGAAAUCAACGCCAGGAAGAUUCACGGAGAGAGGAACGUGUUCGAGGGCAUCUACCGAAACCCCAUCUUCUGCAGCGUCGUACUGGGGACCUUCGCCCUGCAGAUCGUCAUUGUUCAGUUCGGAGGGAAGCCGUUCUCCUGCACAGCUCUGACCAUCGACCAGUGGCUGUGGUGUGUGUUCAUCGGUGUGGGAGAGCUGCUGUGGGGACAGCUGAUCUCAGCCAUCCCGACCCACCAUCUGAAGUUCCUGAAGGAGGCAGGUCACGGCAGCACGAAGGAGGAGAUCCACGAGGAGCAGAUGACGGAGGGCGCCGACGAGAUCGACCACGCUGAGAUGGAGCUGAGGAGAGGCCAGAUCCUCUGGUUCAGAGGUCUGAACCGCAUCCAGACACAGAUUAAGGUGGUGAACGCGUUCCGUAGCUCCCUGUACGCCGGGCUUGAGAGCCCAGAGUCCCGUAGCUCCAUCCACAGCUUCAUGGCCCAUCCUGAGUUCGUCCCACUGUCUGAGGAGGAGGCUCGCAUCCCCCCCAUCAAGGAGACUGGAGACGAGAUCGACCCCCUCCCCAGCGCCUCCUCUAGGGCGGGGGGAGGAGGAGAGCCGCCCAGCGCCUUCCCCCACAGCCGCGAGUCAUCCAUCUGAGCUCCUUUUUCUCCUCCCUCCUCUCUGUCAGCAUCAUCUGUCAUCACACCAACUGAACUGUCGCACUGAGGAGGGAAGUCAUCACUCUGCUCAUCCCCUCAUUCUGCACACACACAUUCUUCACACCGUCUUCACCCCUCUCAGUCAUUCCUGCCACGUUGUGUUUUACAUACUGACUGUGGCAUCGUCCUGCCUGUAAGUUUGUCCCUCCACCACCACAAUCACACGCAUUGUAUCAGCAGAGGGUGGAGUCCAGAGUCUCCACUGUGGAAGGCUUGUCCUUGUCCAUUCAUGUAUAUUUUUUACUUGAUGAUCCUUUUGAAAAGCUUUUAAACUUUGUUGGGUUCGAUCUUUGCGGGACUCGCAGCAGCAUGUCGUGUUCUGUACUCGCUUCAUUCCUGCGUAACGCUCUCAAAAACGGCACCGAACUUUUCAAAAGAGUGCAGUGAUUCUCAUGUACAUACGCUUUUCGGCUCCUCCACACAGCUAAUAGCCGGGUUUGGUGAUCAGAAGAUUUUUAGGCAAAAGCAAAAAUGUAAUCCUUUUGUUUUUGUUUUUUUUAACGAUCGUAAAAUCAUGGUUGAUUCAGACUCCUGAGAAUGUCUUGUGAGUGUGACACUACAGUCUUCAAGGUUUAGUUGUUAAAAAAUUGUUCUUCCCUUUAUCGUUUUUGUAUGUGAUGGUUUUUCUUUAGCUGCUGUGUUGCAUGUGGAAGGACCGAAUGUUUACUACCCAAAAAUAUCUAACAUGGCGGCGCCCAGAGCAGAGCUGCUCAAUGGGGGUCUGAUCUCAUCUCAUCCAGUCAGGGUUCUGGUUCUCUCUGCCCCUCCCCCAGUACGUCCACAUUGUUGAUAGGAAGCACGAGUGUGGUUCAUGUUUCCCCAUCUAGUAGGAUGCAUGUUAUGUUUCAUUCGUGUUGAGUCGCAUGAUAACUUAGGAAUGAAUAUUUGCGAUUGUGUUUAGACAUGUGUGUUAGUCUACAGCAGCGUCGGUUCAUAGCUCCACUAACUUCCUGUCUGUAGGACUGAACAUCCUGUUAACACAACAAGACAAGAGCUGACUCAUCAUUACUCAGCUCAUGUUGAGGAAACAGCAGCAGGGCAGCUAAAGCCCUGAAAUACUCCUUGCAGGGUUCGUACAAAGUAUUUGAAAGUUGGAGAAAUGCUUAAUUUGAACUUUUAUGUUUUCAAGGUUCGUAAUAUGCUUGAAUUCAAAUUAAGUCCUUGAAAAAUGCUUGAUUUUUAACAUAAUCUGGUGUUUCAUCUACACACUCUUUCAUGUAAACCAAAAAUCUUUUAAUAUUUGAAAUGAAACUGUUUUUUUGUUUGACUUUUUUUGUUGUCUCCUGGCGUCUCACACCAGACGUGGAGUGGAGCUGCUUGACUGACACGGCCACCGAAAUGAAAAGGGGGCGUUUUUGCGUUCCCCUCCACGUCAGGUAUAAACCCGACAUCAUGAGGGCAUUGAAGAUAGCUAACUAACUAUUGUACCUGCUCAUCAGCUACUAUUGACAACUGGCUGGCAAACGAAAAAUAAAAAAUGACUCCUAAGAGGAGCCAAAUUGAUUCAUAGCUA